CACUUUCCAAAACCUCAACCACAAAAAGGGUAUAGCAGAGCAGUAAAUACACAGAGAGAUUCCUUUCCCUUCUUCACUCCGCUCUUCAAACAAAAUGUGCAGGUUAGUUGGGACUUGGGUGGGAGAGAAGAAAGAGGAAGCUGCUCAUUCAAUAAAAUUAUCCAUCUCCUUUGUGUGAAGAAUCUAUUGAGUUUUCCCAUUUGUGUGCAAGUUCUCAAAGUCAGAUACACACCUCUCCAUCAUUAGAUCUUGUUCUGUUCUCAAUCUUUUGGUGAGGGUUCCCCAACUGUUUGAGGUUUUUCUGCAUCGAGGGGGAAAUGGAGGUGAAGGAAGCAGCAGGAAGGAGAGCGGUGAUAGCAAAACCAGUAGCUUGCAGGCCAACUCGCAACUCCACUUUCGGCUCUUUCUCUGAGCUCCUCGCCGGCGCCGUCAACGCUUCUUCUCCUCCCCCUCCUUCUCCAAUUGCAGCCAUCAUCAAGCCCAAAACACUCCGAUUCAACCCUCCAGCUCCCCAGCCGCACCCCGAAUCAUGUCGCGCCAUCGUUUACCGCCCACGAGCAAAGCUCGUCUCCAAGAGAACUGCUUCCCUCCUCGCAAACAUGGCACCCAACGACGAUCCCAUUUUACUCCCUCGCUUCAAUUCAUCACAUCAAGAGGCAGGGGAGGAAUUAAUUAGCCCCUGUUCCAAUAAUGCCGUGGAAGCACAACCUCAACAGGCCACCGAGCAGCUAAAGAUCUCAACAUUACCAAUUGAAAGCCAGAGGCUGGAAGCAGAGGACAUUCCCAAAGCCGCCGUACUAUCUGCUGCUGCUGCUUCUUCGGUCCAAGUGGCGUACGGAGACAGGCCGUCUUACGACGGCUACAACUGGAGGAAGUAUGGGCAGAAACAAGUGAAAGGGAGCGAGUACCCACGAAGCUACUACAAGUGCACUCACCCGAGCUGCCCCGUGAAGAAGAAGGUCGAGAGGUCGCUCGAUGGCCAGAUCGCGGAGAUCGUUUACAAGGGCGAGCACAAUCAUUCGAAGCCGUCGUUGCCCGCGAGGCGGAGUUCGAUUGGGUGUGAGGCUGUUGGAGGUGAAAUCCGGAUGGAAUCAGGAUUGUUGUUGCUUCCCAGUAGCAGUGCUGCUGGGACCGGUUCAGAUGGGUGCAGGGGAGGCCGUCCUGCCGCGGAUGUUGAGGUCCAGGGAGAUGACGAUGAACCCAGAACUAAAAGAAGGAGAGCUGAGGAUCGCGCCAUUGAUCACUCGGGGAAUGCAGGGGAAGCUGGUGGCAGAGAAACUGCAGGGGCGGCGGCGGAUGGUGAGGUUUUGGGGGAUGGAUUUCGUUGGAGAAAGUAUGGGCAGAAAGUUGUGAGAGGGAAUCUUUAUCCCAGGAGCUACUACAGGUGCACGAAUUUGAAGUGCAAAGUAAGGAAAUACGUGGAAAGAUCUCCAGAUGAUCCGAAUGCUCUGGUAACGACCUACGAGGGCAAGCACAACCAUGACAUACCUGCACCCUGAUGCUUCAAUUUCUUCCCUUCAUUGCCUUGUGUUAAUGGCACAAGUUGCUGAAAUUUUCGUGUUGUGGUAAGUUUGUCUUCAAUGGAAGUUGCGACACAAUCACAAUAUAUCAUGUAAUAUUCAGGAAUCCAUGAGAAGAGAUCAGUUGUAAUAUUAAUGUGGCACAACCUUUGUUCUUAAGGGCGACUGUGAGGGUAGAUUACCAUGAUAGAAACAUGCCUAAGAAGCUUCAACCAUACUAUGGAUCAAGGCUCAAAACCAUGUUAAUAUAUCAAAAUGUGGAAUUGAAAAGCUUCAAGUUAAUUAACAACAUAUAUUGCAGUCAAAUCCGCGAUUCAACUCGUAAAACUGUACGC